UCUGAAACGUUGGAUAUAAUCAGAAGAACUGCCUAUGUGUUGUAAUUCACUGUUCACGGCAGUAUCGUGUGUUUGCGUUUACAGUGGAACUGGCUUCUGCAACAACUACUUCUCAGGAAAGACCUGAACCUGCCUGUACAAGUUCGUACACAGCUCUAGUAAAGGUUCGUCAUCAGCUUCUCUGGAAUAAAGCAAAGGGACAAAGUUUUCCGGACUCAGCUUUCAGUUUGACUACACUGCACACAUAGUAUCAGUGCAGAGGCCACCAAGACCCAGUUAUGGCUCCUAACUGCUCAAACCACUCGUCUUCUACCAUGGUGCCCUCCUUGGUUUUUGCCUCGCUUUACUCAGUGGUGUUUGUGGCUGGCCUGCUUCUGAACUCCAUGGCGGCGUGGGUCUUCUUCCAGAUCCGCACCGAGAAGAGGACCUUCAAGCUGUACCUGAGGAACAUGGUGGCAGCUGACCUGCUCAUGACUCUCACACUGCCGGUCACCAUUCUCAGCGAGGCCCGUGUGGGACCGUGGUGGCUUCCAGCGAUAUCCUGCCGCUACACCGCAGUGCUCUACUACUGCUCCAUGUACACCAACAUCCUCUUCCUGGGCCUUGUGGCUCUGGAUCGCUACCUGAAGAUUGUGCGACCGUUCGGUGGCAAGUGUAGGGACUGCCUCUACAGCUACUCCUUCACCUUAGCCAUGGCUGCUAUGGUGUGGCUGGCCAUGCUGAUGCUGUCACUCCCCAACACCAUACUGACCAACGGAGAAGUGAAGCCGGAGACAGCAGAAAACUGCACAUGUCUAAAAAAUGAACUGGGGAUAAUUUGGCAUGGGGUGGUGGUCUACAUCAACAUAGGGAUUUUCUUCACUGUGUUGAUCAUCCUGGUGAUGUGCUACAUAGCCAUCCUCAGGCACAUUCGUCUCUCUUCUGCCCAGUUCGUGAUAGGGGGACCAGCGCGGCAGAGGGAGGCCAAGUCUGGACAGAACGUUCUGGUGGUUGUGGUGGUGUUUUUCAUCUGCUUCGUGCCAUAUCAUCUAUGGAGGUUCCCAUUCACCAUCAGCCAAAUUCACGUAACCUUCACCCCGGAAGUGAAGAACAUACUGUCGAAUGGGAAAAGGGCUACGCUCUUCUUGUCGUCCUGCAACGUGUGCCUGGACCCCAUCAUUUACUUCCUUAUGUGUAAGUCUUUCAGGAGCAAGCUAGCUCAGAUGCUAGGAUGUCAAUCACCCAAACAGAAAUCUUCAAUCUACUCGCCCAUCACUGAAAAGAAACAGAUAUUAGUGCUGCGGUUUAAGGAGAACUCCUCGUCAUAGCAGAGUGUUUAUCCAAUGUAAGGGACUAUCGUUUGGCAUAAUUAUAUUAUUUAUAAAUGGCUGGCAAUGCAAAUGCAUUAUAUGUGUAUAUUGUAGCCUGUUUAUCAUCUAUAUCACUGCUUAUUUUAUUUAUAACAAUUGACCAAAGCUCCACCCACAAAGCAUUCUUUGUUGGCAGCUAUUGGACAAGCUUUACAAAAAGUGUUCACGUUCACUAUAAGGUUGAGUCGAAAUCUUAAUUUUGCUACAUGAGCCAACACUAUUAUACUGACUUGACAUCAUAAAACCUCACCAGAAUACCUCAAACAAACUAGCAAGCUUUGUUAAAUGUGGUUAAGUUGCUCUGGCAGCAGUAGCACAUUUGGAGUAUCUACUGUUAUUGUAUAGUAGUAUUGAAAUAUAAUCGUAGGCUCACUUUUAUGUAACAAAAACUCUAGAAAUACUUGCCUGUUGUUCUCUAUCUGAGGCAAUACAUCUGUGCGUCCGCCAUAUUGGAGCAGUCAAGAUCUGCUUGUGAAUCCAUUCACUUGUACUGAAAGAUGAUGAGUCUCAGGAUAAAAAUUGGCCACAAAUCAACAUUUGUUUUGUUAUAAUCCUCAGACAUCGAUUAUUCUAGGCUGCACGGCCUGCUCUCGGUCUCUCCUAUUUCUUCAAUAAUUGUGGUCUAUUGUGUUAAUCAGCCGUCCGAACCAGCAAGAAAGCAUUCGGUCUACACCUGACAUUAAAAACCGAGUUUAGCGCUCCAGGAGAGAAACACAAUCUCACCCAUGUCAGCAAAUCCAUCAACAUGUGAAUCACUUCUAAUUUUAAUACACAUAAAAAUAAAACAGACCCUCAAAACACGGUAAGAACAAUGAAGCUAAAGUUGGCUUCCUAUUCACCAGAUUGCCGUUCAAGUUUUCCCGUUCCACCUUAAAUCAUGCAGCCGUCACUUUCUGGUGCCAGAAGCUGCAACAUUUAAGGUGGAGCGGGAAAAUUCGAAGAAGAAGCUGGCAAAUAAGAAACUACCCUUAGCUUCAUGUAAGAAGGUGCUAAAAUGAAUCUAUUAUGAAUAUCUACACGGAUUAAGGAAUGCGAUAACGUACUGAGCUACAGAGUAUUAACCAUCACUGUUAAUAAAUAACUACUGCAUAAAGUUAAGAUCUCCUGAAUAGACUUCAAUGAAAUGAGCUUAAUAUAAAACCAAAGGAAACACAAACAGGUUCUCUGUGCAUCACCAACCACUAUCUACACAUACCACGUGGCCGUAUCUACACACAAACAUCACACAAACAUCAUCCCUCCGUUAUAUAAUCCUAUUCCACUUUCUGAGAGCAAUAUUCUUGAAACAGUAUCAUUUUGGACAGUAUCUUUAUUAAACUGCCGCUCUGUGAUGGUACUGAAUGCAGUCCAGCAGUGAUGUUGACUGCCUAAAAAUUGUGGCGCCGUUGACGUGCCUGGCUGGACCCAACGUGGCAUCCAGCUUUGUAUAUCUAUGGUGCAGAAAGGGAAUUUAGCCAUUAGCAUGGAUAUACCAAUGCUCAUAUUUUGGCUCCUUAACAACCUCAUAACUCAAGUGACAUUUAGUAGAAAAAUGGGUGUAGGACAUCAAGUUUGUAUCAAGUUUGGAGAAUUUUGUUUAACACAGGAUGCAACAAAGGAGGUAUGGGCGUGACGGCAAGGACUUCAGAGGCCUGUUGAACGCUUUUGUGGCCAGAGCAUGUUCAGGUCAAGCUGACAGGAUGAAACUGUAAGACUGCUUAUAAUGUUAAAAAGCAUAUUUGAAAGUGUAUUUUGUAAAUACUGACCUGUAAGAACUUUUUUGGGGGCAGUCGUGGGUUGGAAGUUAGGGAACCGGCCCUGUGACCAGAAGGUUGCCGGUUUGAUCCCCU